GUCACACGCCGCGGCGCGAGUCAAGGGCCGCCGGAUCUUUUCUCCGCUGGAAAGGAUUAGUCUGGGCGCGGGGCCUUGGCGGCGGGUCUAGGAGCGGCAGCGCGCCGCUCACACUCAUGAGGAGCCGGAAGCUGGCAGGUGGAGUGCGGUCCUCUGCGCGCCUCCGAGCCCGGAGCUGCUCAGCUGCGUCAGCCUCAGCCCAGGACACGCACGUCGCCACGUCUGCCCGGACAGCAUGUCAGACUCCCUCAUCACACAAAGCCACCGACAGGCGGACGUCCAAGAAGUUCAAGUAUGACAAAGGUCACCUUGUGAAGUCAGAACUCCAAAAACACGGGAGUGACAGCGCUGCCACGCCAUCCGAGACCCCAGGUACACACGAAUCUUUGGUGUCGACCGAGGAUGGGGCAUCGCUUCUGGGAAAGGAAGCUGGCGGCUCCGCUCCUCGGGGGACAGCUAGUCCCCUCCCGGGGCGCUGCGGAACCAAGAGCGAUGCCAGCCCGGCAGAGACUGAGGACGAGCCGCCCCCACCGAGACAUGCGGCCCCUGUGGGAGGAGAGUCCAACGGUAGCUGUCCCGCUAGGGACGGGGCGGCGCUGGACCUGGAGCAGGGCCCCGCGGCCCCACUGCUCAUGGACGGCAGCGCCCUACUGGACGACGACAGCAACCAGCCAAUGCCUGUGAGCCGCUUCUUUGGAAACGUGGAGCUCAUGCAGGACCUCCCGCCAGUGUCUUCAUCCUGCCCUUCCAUGAGCAGACGCGAAUUUCGGAAAAUGCAUUUCAGAGCCAAAGACGACGAUGAGGAUGACGCCGAUGAUGCGGAAACGUAGAGGGUGAGAGGCACAGGCUGAUUUCUGCACGUCUAGUACUGUUGACAGUGAUUCUUUUGCAGAUUAUGGGGUUUAUUCAAAAUACAUCUCCAAGAGGACGUGCUGGUAAUCGGCACUGACCCACAGAGGUGGGCAGUCCCUGCGGGAGGCUGGUGCACAGGGGCUAAAUGACCUCGGGGAUAAAGCUGCUGUUUCCACAGUGAUGUGUUUUCUCCCAUCUCUACACGUGGUGGUGGGUUAAGCCAACUUCUCUCAUAAAUGAGAGACAUUUCUGUCAAGAAAACUCUUCACUCAAGCUCUCUAGUUUUGAUAACAUGCAGGUUUAUUUUCCAUAAUCAAAAUUUGAUCAUUCUUAUGACUGAUUCAAUGCCAGUUCUUAAAGAACUUUCCUUUAUUUCUGUACACAAAGUUUAUGUUUACCUUGGACAUUUAGCAACAUCCAUAUGAAAAAGAAAUAAAAUAUAUUUUGAAAAUGUU